UCGACAGCUGUGAAGAGGAGAGUGUGGGAGAUUGUGGUGGGACUCAGCGGUAGGGUCUUGGGUUAUCCCCACGAGAAAAUCUACUAUCCCGCCUUCCCGCUCCUUUGAAUCUCAUCUUCUAAGACCCCAUUUUACUAAGAACAAAGAAAGCUAGGUUAAGAGGGGAAACCUAAGAGUCAGUAACCGAAGAGAGCAGUGGUGGGAGUAGCUAAUUAGUGAGUGAUUCUUUGAUUUUUUUUUUGCUUUUGGGUCGUCUCCUUGAGGGAUGCUGGAACAACCCAUUUAGCUUGCCGACAUGGACACUCCGGAAAGGAACCAGAUCGGCUCUACUUCCGUCUCUAAAUUUGAGGAUUCCCCAGUUUUCAACUACAUCAAUAAUCUUUCUCCGAUUCAACCUGUUAAGUCCAUACAUACUUCUCAGACGUUCAACUCUCUUAGUUUUGCUUCCCUUCCAUCGGUUUUUACUUCACCACAUGCCAGUUCUUACAAGGAAUCUAGAUUCUUAAGAAGACACAGUAUUUCAGAUCUAUCAAAACCAGACUUUUCUACCGAAGAUGGGAGUAAAGUUGAGACUGAUGGAGGUGCUACAGGGAAUGUGGCUCAAUUGCAGGAUGACUCUAGUCCACCGGAUGAAAAAUCUGAUUCUCUUUCUAAUCCAUCUACUGAGCUGCCUUCUGAGCGUCCAGAGUCUACUAAAGAGGAGCCACAAGCAUCAAAAAGCGAUUCUUCUCGUCCAGAUUGUGACCAAAAGCUACCAGAUAGUGUUCUAAAAUCAGGUGAAGAUCUGGCUUUAAGUGACUCCUGUGUUAAAAAUAAAUCUGGGAAUGGGUCAUCUGAAGCAGAAGGGAAUAAGCAGGUCAUAAACCACACUGAAGAAAGAGAGGGGACUGGUUAUGACUGGGAAAGUUUAAUGACUGAAGGUGCUGAUCUUUUGAUAUUCAGCUCCCCCAAUGGCUCGGAGGCUAUCCGACUAGUUCAGAAACCAUUAGACCUUGUGACAGGGUUUGCAUCAAGUACCUUGUCUCAGAUCAUGGAAAAUGACAAUGCCGAUCUGUCAAAAAUGAGAAUUGCUGAUCCAGUAGAAUCUAGUGGUGGACAGCAUGAAAUUGAGUUUUUGUCAUCUCAAGCUGGAGAAGCUUGUGAACUAAAAGAUAUGGACCAAGGAAUCGAUAGCCUUUCCUUUCCAAAUUCAAGUAACUCUAUGAGUAGGGAAAUAACAGAUGAUGAAGUGGCUAGAUAUAUAGCAGAUGAUUGUAAGCCGGCGUCUAAUCUGUAUCGUGGUAUGCGGAGGCGGUGUCUGGACUUUGAGGCUGCAGUUAGUCGAAGAAAAAACUUAGAAGAUAGUUCAAAUGGUGGUUCUGUGUCGAAGCGUUCAGAAGAGAAGACAGCGUCCAUGGAUAAACAACUUGUCCCUUAUAAGUCUGGUGGUGUUGCAACCAGAUGUGUUUUAACUGGAAUAGGUUUACACUUGAAUGCUUUGGCAACAACUUCAAAGGAUGCUAAAAAUCUCAACCACGACAAGUUUUCAUCUGAGAGGCAACUGAAUUUGCCCAAUUCAAGUGCUUCAUGCCAUUCACCUUCAGGUGGACUGGAUCCUCUCUUGACAUCAGCUGUUACUGAGAGGGACAUGGAUCCAUCAGGGAAUGGAGCGCAAAAUGAGGAAGAUGGUGCUAGGGCAUCUGCAUAUGUGCUUGCUGAAGAUUUCAACCAAAAUAGUCCCAAAAAGAAGAGGCGUAGGUUGGAACCUGCUGGAGAAACUGAGUCAUCAUGCAAACGCUGUAACUGCAAAAAGUCCAAGUGUUUAAAACUUUACUGUGAAUGCUUUGCAGCUGGCGUUUACUGUAUUGAGCCAUGUUCAUGUCAAGAUUGCUUCAACAAACCUAUUCAUGAAGAUACCGUUCUUGCAACUCGUAAGCAGAUUGAAUCUCGCAAUCCACUUGCAUUUGCUCCCAAAGUGAUCAGGAACUCGGAUUCUCUUCCAGAACCUGGGGAUGAAUCUAACAAAACCCCAGCAUCUGCACGGCAUAAAAGAGGAUGCAACUGCAAGAAAUCAAGUUGUCUUAAGAAAUAUUGUGAAUGCUAUCAGGGUGGUGUUGGAUGCUCCAUUAGUUGCAGAUGUGAGGGUUGUAAAAAUGCAUUUGGAAGAAAGGAUGGGUCUUCUAUAUUAGGAUUAGAAGCUGAAUUAGAAGAAGAAGAAACAGAAGCAAACCAUAAAAGCAUGAUGGACAAAGGUCUGCAAGGCCCUGAAAUACAGAAUAACGAAGAGCAGAACCCAGGUUCUGCUAUUCCCUCAACUCCAUUACAACUUUCCAGGCAAUUGGUUGCCCUGCCAUUCUCUUCAAGAAGCAAGCCCCUGCGUUCUUCUUUUCUAAAUGUUGGAUCCUCAUCUGGAUUUUAUGCUGGCCACAAGCUUGAAAAACCGAAUAUCCUCCGAGCCCAACCGGAUCUUGGGAUAAACACUAAACCUGUUUUGGAAGAUGAAAUGCCAGAUAUUCUUCGUGGCGAAUGCUCUCCUGGAGCAGGCGUGAAGACUGGUUCCCCCAACAGCAAGAGGAUAUCUCCUCCUCAGAGUGAUUUCGGUUUAUCGCCACUGCCACGAACGGGUCGGAAAUUGAUACUGCAGUCAAUUCCAUCUUUCCCUUCUCUGACCCCUCAACACUGAAAAUGGUGAGUCUUCCGAGCAAAGUCUGCUUCAAUUUGCCAGUUAGUUGAAAAAUACGUUGCUCAGUGGUACUCUGUUUGAGCUUUGUAUAAUAAAAAGUAGUCUCCCUACGCUCAAUACCUCCAACUUAUCUUGUAAAAUAUUAGUUUUCCAGAGGUUGUACCUGUAGAAAUGAUGGUUGGACUGUUGAUUUAUAUAGAUCCAUGAUUAAUUUGCUUCAUUUCAA